AGGUGACUCCGUGGCUGCAGACAACAGGGGGUGAAUGGGUUAAUUUAAUAAAUCCUUUAAGAGACCUCAGUUAAUUUAAUAAAUCCUUUAAGAGACCUCAUAAAACCUUCUGCUGGCUGCCUGUGCAGCUGCUGGAGGCUGACGGGAGCACGGGGGAUGCGAUCCCGCUGGGAAUUCUGUCCCGUUCACGGGGGAUGCGAUCCCGCUGGGAAUUCUGUCCCGUUCACGGGGGAUGCGAUCCCGCUGGGAAUUCUGUCCCGUUCNCACGGGGGAUGCGAUCCCGCUGGGAAUUCUGUCCCGUUCACGGGGGAUGCGAUCCCGCUGGGAAUUCUGUCCCGUUCACGGGGGAUGCGAUCCCGCUGGGAAUUCUGUCCCGUUCCAGUGCGAGAUGGCUUUUCCCCGCGUCAAGCCCGCGGCGGAUGAGACGGCCUUCAGCGAGGCCCUGCUCAAGAGGAACCAGGACCUGGCUCCCACCGCUGCCGAGCAGGCUUCCAUUCUGUCCCUGGUGACCAAGAUCAACAACGUCAUCGACAAUCUGAUCGUGGCACCGGGCACGUUUGAGGUGCAAAUCGAGGAGGUUCGCCAGGUGGGCUCCUACAAGAAGGGCACGAUGACGACGGGGCACAACGUGGCGGAUCUGGUGGUGAUCCUGAAGAUCCUGCCCACCCUGGAAGCCGUGGCAGCCUUGGGGAACAAGGUGGUGGAGAGCCUGCGGGCGCAGGACCCCAGCGAAGUGCUGACCAUGCUGACCAACGAGACCGGCUUCGAGAUCAGCUCGGCCGACGCCACGGUGAAGAUCCUGAUCACCACGGUGCCGCCCAACCUGCGCAAGCUGGACCCGGAGCUGCACCUGGACAUCAAGGUGCUGCAGAGCGCCCUGGCCGCCAUCCGGCACGCGCGGUGGUUCGAGGAGAACGCCUCGCAGUCCACGGUGAAGGUCCUGAUCCGGCUGCUCAAGGACCUGAGGAUUCGCUUCCCCGGCUUCGAGCCGCUCACGCCCUGGAUCCUGGAUCUGCUGGGGCACUACGCCGUGAUGAACAAUCCCACCCGGCAGCCCCUGGCCCUCAACAUCGCCUACAGGCGCUGCCUCCAGAUCCUGGCGGCCGGGCUCUUUCUGCCCGGCUCCGUCGGCAUCACGGAUCCGUGCGAGAGCGGCAACUUCCGCGUGCACACGGUGAUGACGCUGGAGCAGCAGGACAUGGUGUGCUACACCGCCCAGACCCUCGUGCGCAUCCUCUCCCACGGAGGGUACCGCAAGAUCCUGGGACAGGAGGGCGACGCCAGCUACCUGGCCUCCGAGAUGUCCACGUGGGACGGGGUGAUCGUGACGCCGUCGGAGAAGGCGUACGAGAAACCUCCGGAGAAGAAGGAAGGGGAGGAGGAGGAGGAGAACCAGGAAGAGCCGGCGGCGGGCGAGGAGGAGGAGAGCAUGGAGACGCAGGAGUGACACCUGCGCUGCCUGGAGCAGGUGAGGGGACACCGGCCGAGGGACACCUGGGGCUCAGGGCCCCUCCUCGGCUACCUGAGUGUCCCCGUCUGUCCCUUGUCCCCGUUUUGUACUUG